UGAAGGUCACGGAUUUAAUUCAAACAGGUUGUUUUCCCAUUAUGUAGGUGCAAGAGAGCUGCAGAUACGGGCAGUUUCCUUUAGUCAUAGUGUGGCAUUACCUAGCUAUGUCGAUUUCACAAAAAAAUACGAUUCUCUAAGUUAUAUGUUUUCUACUCGUUAACAGUCGGUUGGUUUUGAUAUAUUUUUCAUCUUUAUAUUUUGUGCGUGUUUUUAGUGGUGCAUCACCAACCGAAAAUUGAAAAUGGAUCCUAAUGCAGCGGUUUGUGUCAAGAAUCUUGUUAAGUGUUAUGGAUCUAAAAGAAUUCUGGAUGGCCUGUGUAUGAAUGUGGAAAGAGGCACUAUAUAUGGAUUGCUAGGUGCGAGUGGUUGCGGGAAAACUACUUUAUUAAGUUGUAUAGUAGGCAGAAAGAGUAUACAAUCUGGAGAGGUAUGGGUGCUGGGAGGAACACCAGGAGAAAAAGGGAGUGGAGUACCAGGACCAAGAGUAGGAUAUAUGCCUCAAGAAAUUGCCCUAGUAGGAGAAUUUACAGUUCGAGAUGCAGUCUUUUAUUUUGGUCGUUUAUUGAAGAUGAAUGAUAAAAUUAUUAAAGAACGAUUUAGACACUUAUCGAAGCUACUAGAACUACCUCCUGAUGGCAGAUUUUUGAAGAAUUGUAGUGGUGGACAACAAAGAAGAGUCUCUUUUGCGGCUGCCAUGAUUCAUAAGCCUGAACUGCUCAUUUUAGAUGAACCGACGGUAGGAGUUGAUCCAGUUUUAAGAGAAAAGAUUUGGGAUUAUUUAGUGGAAACAGUCCAUUCUGAGAAGAUUGCAGUGAUAAUUACUACACACUAUAUCGAAGAAGCCAAACAAGCUGAUAGAAUUGGCUUAAUGCGAGGUGGAAAGUUAUUAGCAGAAGAAUCACCCGCAAGAUUACUGAGUUUCUUUCAAACCGAAACCCUGGAGGAAGCUUUUCUUAUUCUUAGUAGGAAACAAGAAGAAGGAAGGUUAAAUAAUGUCAUAGAUAACAUCAAUAAACAAAAUGGGAACGGUAUGGAAUCUGCUUCUUCCGUCUCUUCUAUAGCUACCUUUGACAUAGCUUACGGAUCAAAAGAUGAGCUUACGAAGAAAGUAAAGACAACAAAAAUAAAGAAAGAUAAGACGAGUUUAGAAAACUAUAGAAUGAAAGCACUUCUUGAUAAAAACUGGAAGCAAUUUUACAGGAAUGUCACCGGUAUUAUAUUUUUGUUAUUUUUUCCACUAAUCCAAACAUGGUGUGUGGUAAAUGGGGUUGGUGGCGAUCCGAAAGAUCUGAAACUGGCAAUUGUAAACGACGAAACAAUGACGACGCUAUGCAAAGAUUUUACAACUAAUGGCUCGGCGAUACCGUACGGUUACAGCGAAUGCCACUUUCACAAUCUAAGCUGUCGAUUUCUGCAAUACUUGGAACAUCCCAUGAUACAUAAAAUUUAUUACGAUUCACUCGACAAAGCCACAGAUGCAAUUAAACAUGGCAAAUUAACUGGUGUUCUAUAUAUAGCAGACAACUUUACACAGUCAUACGAAGAUAGGAUCGAACAAGGAAAAGAUGCCGAAACAUGGAUGGCAGAUUUUGGUGAAAUUAAGGCCUACUUGGAUAUGUCAAACAGGCAAAUCGGAGCCACUCUUAAAUACAAGCUAUUCGAGUUGUUCUAUGACUUUCAAGAAGACCUUUUUGAGGAAUGUAAAUGGCCUAAGAGGAUGGGGAAUAUGCCGCUUAGACAACACUUCAUACACGGAAACGAGGACGAACCUUAUACGAUUUAUAUGAUUCCCGGUACUAUCGUAACAAUGUUGUUUUUCAUGGGCUCUACGAUGACAUCUCAGAUCAUUAUUACCGAUAGACGAGAAGGCGUAUGGGAUCGAUCUAUAGUUGCCGGAGUAACAUCGCUAGAAAUUACCUUAACGCAUUUUCUACUACAAGCAGGAGUGAUGUUCGUGCAAACGAUUGAAGUUUUGGUGAUGAUAUUUGGAUUAUAUCAGUAUCCGUUUAUUGGGAAUUGGAUUUUGAUUAUCUUUAUGGCAUAUUGGGUCGGCAUAUGUGGAAUGGCCUAUGGUUUUUGGGUUUCGGUAAUUUGUGAAGACCACUCCCAAGCAAAUAUAUCUGUUUCUGGAGGUUUUCUUCCUAUGAUGUUGCUUUGCGGAUUGAUCUGGCCUACACAAGCGAUGCCGAUAGGGUUAAGGAUUUUUGCAAAAUGCCUUCCCUUUACACUUAUAAUUGAAUCAAUGAGAAACGUUAUUAAGAAGGGAUGGCCUUUAUGGGACGUACAAGUGCUUCAAGGCAUAGGAGUUUGCACAUUCUGGAUUAUAUUCUUCGGAGUAAUAAGCAUUUGGAUGGUCAAACUAAAAAGAUAAUUUAUAAUACUCACAAUAUUAAUAAGUAUUUAAUAUAAAAAAUGUAAUUAUGUAGAAAAUGUAGAUACUCGUUGUACAUGCAAUUUUAUGAAAUAACGAAUAAGUAUA